AACGGACAAACAGAAAAAGGCCAUUUCGGGAGCAGCUUAACUGAUGGUGGAUAAAUGUUAGCGGUUUCCAAGAGCUCAUCUUGAUUCUUGAUUUCUGAGGAGAAUGUCUUAUUCUCAGGGUCAUGCGACAGGAGUUGACAGAGAAGUCAUCAAGUGGCUCCAAGAUCUGGAACUGUCAUUUCACCCAAAUAAUCUACGGAGGGAUUUGUCCAAUGGUUACCUGGUUGCUGAGAUAUUUUCUCAUUAUUACCCCCAUGACAUCUCAAAAUACUCAUUUCUCAAUGGAGUGUCAUUUUCUUCCAAGCAGAAGAACUGGAGCCGGAUACAGAAGUUUUUGAAGAAGAAGAAUCUGGAGCUAUCGAAGGAAGCAAUCUAUGGAUGUAUACACUGUGAACCAGGAGCAGCUGAGGCUUUGCUGCAGGACAUUUACAAGAUGCUGACCAAUCAGAAGCUGACCACUCAGAAUGUCACAGAUGUCCAGGGUCAGCAGUCACAACAGUCCUCACAGAGUCGCACCACAUCGUCAAGGUCUUUCGGGAACAAUUUGGUAGCUGCAGGGAUCAUGGCCGAGUCAGACGUCAGUUUGAGGAGAGCACAAAUCAGCAGGGACGGCAGGCAGUUGGAACACACAGCUGCAGACGAGUCUCUCCCCACCGACUCGUCAAUAUGGAAAGGAGCUCCUGUUUCCUACAAGGAGAUAAAAGUGAACCAACCUGUCAGAAAUUCAAUGGUGAACCUUUCACGCUCACUGCAUCACAGUGUGGCAGCAUUGUUUGGUCAUUUUGACAGCAGCAAUAAGAAAAAUAAAACGGUGCAUGUAGUUCAUAAAUGAACCUGCACUGACACUAUUCUUAUGGAACCUUGGAAGUUUAUACAGCUAUCCCCCUUUUUUAAGACAUACCAGUCAAACACUGAAAACAAGAAGAAGAAUAAAUCUCCAAAAAGUCAGACUCAGGAUGACCGACCAUCACGCUCUGACAGCUUCUGACAAAAAGGCUAAAAACUUUUAAUGUUAUUUAGCCCUCAUAAAUAAAAUGUUCGCAAAAAUC